CUACACGUCUUUUUAUUACAUAAAAUUUAAACAUAUAAAAAAAUGGGCCCAUUUUUAUAAUCCCCAUGUGCCCAUCAUGCAAAUACAAUAAUGACUUAUGACCAGUUUUGUUCCAUUUCUACUCACUUCCCCUUGAUUUAUUAUUUUGAAAUAAAUUCCUGACAUAAUUUCAUCUGCAAAUAUUUCAUUGUGUAUCUCCAUAAAGUAAGGGCUCUUUAACAGAACCAUAAUACAUUAUUACAUCAAAACAAUUAACAAUAUUUCUUAAUGUCAUAUAUCUAGUCAGUAUUCAAAUUUCCAGUUGCCUCAUAAGUGCCAUUGUUCACAAGCUUGUAAAGGAGAUAACUAAGAUUGCCCAUCCUUCUGACUCCAGAUCUCAAAUGCUGAUUCACUUGCAUUUGCUGCCUCCAGUUUGGAGAAGAAAGUUAGUUACUUGCAUGACUUUACAUGGGUAACAAAAUUUCUCCAACCUACUUUUAAAUGUAUUCUAAAAUGAAUGUAUUUGAGGUUCUCAGUGUUUUAUUCAAAGCUAGUGGGCCAUUAUAUGGCAUUAUAUUUCCAAAUAUGCUUUUAUCUUUUUAGAGUAAGAAUUAUGCUUAAAAAUCUGCACCUGUUACUUGACUCUGAAUGUCAUAGCUCUGUGCUGACUGUUGGCAGCCUGGAUGAUUUGGAGCUCACUGCCUGAAAGAGAUAGCAUUGGGAUAGUCAAGGAUUUUUGAUGAUCUAGGAGUAUAUAAUAUCAUUCAUAAGGUCAGGCUGCUAGUAUUAUGAAAAGCAGAAUGUUAAGUACUCAAAUAUUGCCUCAGGAAAACUUCUAUUUCCAUUAAGAAAAAAUCAAACAAGGUUAUUGCUAGUUCUUGAUUGCAUUUGUAACACUGAAUAAGGCAAUGUUUGUGGCUUGUUACUUGUAGCUUCAUCUCCUUGACUCAUAAAUUUUUCAAGUUACUAGACUUUUAUUGCCUUUCUCUAGCCUCUUCUACAAAUUUUAUUUCGUGAAAUGUCAAACAUGCAAAGGAAUGCAUAUAACAUGAUUAGUCUAAAAAACAAUAAUAAAAUGAAUGCUUAAAUACUUACCACUAUGCAUAAGAACAGAACCACAAAAGUACCCCUGUCCUGCUCAGUCCGUCAUAGUGCUCAUUCAAAUCACAUUCUGUGCUCCCCACGUGACAGAUAAUCAAUAUCCUGGAUUUUAUUGAAUCAUUUAUUAAUAUCGUUUCACCACAGAUGUAUGUAUCCCCAAACGGUAUUGUUUAUUUUUGCCUGAUUUCAUUUUUAUAUAAAUGAAAACAUACAUGGUACAUUUUUUUAAUGUAAUGCUUUUUAAAUUCAAAGAUAAAUUUCUGAAAUUCCUUCCUGUUGAAGUGUGCAGUGGCAUUUUGCUCAUGUUCAUAGCCAUGUCGUAGUCCACUGUGUGCAUACACCCCCAUUUACUUAGAUGUUGUACUAUAGACAGAUAUUUGAGUCAUUUCCAUUGUUGUUGUCUGCUAUUUCUAUUACAGAUAACACGCAUGUGCAGGAAUUUCUCCAGGGUUUGUAUCUGGGAAAGGUACAGCUUGGCCAAGUAGAAAUCAAAUGCCCUAUCACAGAAUGUUUUGAAUUCCUGGAGGAAACAACGGUUAUCUAUAACCUAACGCAUGAAGACUCCAUCAAAUAUAAAUACUUCUUAGAACUUGGCCGUAUUGAUUCCAGCACCAAGCCAUGUCCUCAAUGCAAGCACUUUACAACCUUCAAGAAAAAAGGACAUGUUCCCACCCCUUCCAGAUCAGAAAGCAAAUACAAAAUCCAGUGCCCCACUUGCCAAUUCGUCUGGUGUUUUAAGUGCCACUCUCCUUGGCAUGAAGGUGUUAACUGCAAGGAGUACAAAAAAGGAGACAAACUGUUGCGUCACUGGGCCAGCGAAAUUGAGCAUGGGCAGAGGAACGCCCAGAAGUGUCCAAAGUGCAAGAUCCACAUCCAGAGAACUGAAGGAUGUGAUCAUAUGACCUGUUCACAAUGUAACACUAAUUUUUGUUAUCGAUGUGGGGAGAGAUACCGCCAGCUCCGUUUCUUUGGAGACCACACAUCAAACCUCAGUAUAUUUGGAUGCAAAUAUCGCUACCUCCCAGAGAGACCUCAUCUAAGGAGAUUAGUGCGAGGGUCGGUCUGUGCUGGAAAAUUAUUUGUUGCACCUCUAAUCCUGGUCCUGGGAUUAGCACUAGGGGCCAUAGCAGUUGUAAUUGGUUUAUUUGUAUUUCCUAUCUAUUGCCUUUGUAAAAAACAGAGAAAACGAUCACGGACAGGUAUGCACUGGUGAAAUGCAGAUGAUUUCAUCUAACUGAGCUGGCCCGGGCGGGAGCUGCACAGAAUGGCACACCCACCGGAGAGUCGUGUCUUUGAAACACACCGAGAGGAACCUUCUGCCAUCUCGCGUCCCCUUGGUUCUCUGCAGGUGGCAAUGCCGCGAGCUCCAUUGCACUCCCCACAUGGUGUCCUGUCCUGUCCUGUCCUUAGGCUGAUUGCUGCUUUCAAAAAAUGGUCACUUUCACACACUAUAAACAUCUAUAUCAUAAUUCUGACCUUCUUCAUGGGCCUUGGAAGAAAUUAUUUUAAAUCAGAACCAGUUAUCCUCAGAGCUGUCUGAGCAUGCCUCUCCCGAGAAUCGCUUGGACUGUCUGCACCUGAACCCUCCAGCCCAUCUGGGAGAUUUGGUGUGAACAGCUGAAGUCCUGCCUGUACCAACAAGCAGGGCCACUUUCAGACGAGAAAGGCUCACCAUAUGCCCGUUGGCGUCUGUGGCCCAAGCGGUAUAAUUCCUUCAUCCUUCAGAUGCUAUAAUUGUUUAAAAUCUCAGUGCCCAAAGGGAACUAAUGAAACUAAAUCAAUGAAAAGAAUCAUGAGUUACUGAAGUGUAUGCGUAGGGGUGUGAAUGUGUGUGUAUAAAUAUCUGUAUUAAAACUUGACCCAGUAAGUAACCUUGUGCUUGUCAAGUUCCAUGCCUCUACACUAUUUUUCCACAUUUUCAUAGAUAUAUUUAAAGAUGAUGGUUCCUUUGUGGGCAUAAUUUGGGAAUGUACUGAAUUAAAGUCGUUAUAGACAACAGGCUA